AUGAAUGUAUCUCAUGAUUAUCAUCAAAUUACUAAUUUAAACAAUGGAGUUAUGGUUAUGAAUAAAUAUGUUCUUGUUAUAUUUUGGAUUUUGGGUAAUAUUGGAAAUAUUUUCAGUAUUUUUAUAUUUACAAAAAAAUCUUGGAAAAAAAAUGUAUGUGUAUUUUAUUUUAAAGUUUGUCUUGUUUUAAAUAUAUGUUAUCUUAAUUCGACUAUACUCGGAGCCAUUACUAAUUUUGGUUUCAAUAUUUAUUUACAAAAUUCAAGUGUUAUUUUAUGUAAACUUUUAUAUUAUACAUCUUUUCUAUUAACUACCCUUCCACCAUCUGUUCUUAUUCUUGCAUCAAUUGAUCGUUUAUUAAUUUCUUCUCGAAAUAUUGAUACACGUUUAUAUAGUUCAAAACGUUUAGCAUACUUUUCUAUUAGUACCUGUACAAUUUUCUGGAUCAUAUUUAAUUGUCAUGUACUUAUUAAAAUAGAUAUUUAUGAAAUAUAUCCAUCAUAUUUUAUUUGUAGUUUUCCUCAAUCUUAUGAUGAUUUUGUAACUUAUUCGUUAGGGACGAUCAAUGUAUUUUUUUGUUCACUUAUGAUUAUCUUAUGUAUAUUUGCUUGUAAAAAUGUUCAAAAUAUUCAAUCAGUACAAUGUAGAAAACGACAUGAAGUUCGUUCAAUGACAAAAAAAGAUUUUCAAUUACUUCGUUGUUUAUUUGGACAAGAUAUUAUUUUUAUUACAUUUAGUAUGUUAGUUAUUAUAUUUUAUAUCUUCGAAGCUAUAACAAAAGAUAAACAAUGGACAUUAUUACAACUUACAAUUCUUAAUUUUGUUGAUAGAUAUGUUACUUUUCUUUUCAAUAUUUCUUAUUCAACAAAUUUCUUCGUAUUUAUGAUUAUAUCAAAAGCAUUUCGACAUGAAUUAAAACAUAUAAUUUGCAAAUGUUUUAAUAUACAUUUACAACCAACGCGAGACGAAGAACAUCAUAGACAUGAACAUAUUGAUAGGAAUAAUGUAGGUUUAAAUGUUGUUAUUGUCAGUACUAUUGAAUUACCUAAAUAA